AUGAGAUUAGAAAUAUUUGAUGAAGAUAUAUAUAAGAAAAUAUUAGUACCAAAUGCAUCAAGAAAUACAUCGUAUAUAGAAAGAAUAGAAGAUUCCUAUGAAUUAAAAUUAUUAUGUAAGAAAUAUGUACCAUUUUGGUCUGAAUUGGAUCUCUCUGAUAUAGAAAUAAAUUUAAUAACAAUAGCAUUGACAAAUAAAGUUUAUAUGGUACGUGUAGUGAAUGGAGAUCCCAAUUCAAUAUGUUUAGAUAAAGUAUUAUUACGUAUAAUUGAUGAAGAUAAAUCAAUAUUAUAUGAUAUUGAACAUCAAAAUGAUGUAUUUAAAUUAUUAAGUGAAUAUGGUUUCUGUCCUAAAAUGAUUAAUAAAUUUCCUGGUGGUCGUAUUGAAAAUUGGAUUGAAGGUUUUGUAUUACAUUCAAAUAAUUUAUUUAAUUUAUCUGUACUAACUUCUAUAGCAACAUUAUUAGCAAAGUUACAUAAAAUUAUUACUAAAGUUGCACCUAAGAAUUGGGAUCGUACACCAUCAUUAAUUUAUAAAACUGAAGAAUGGAUACCCAAAUGUCAUUAUAUUAAUCAAUACUAUAAUCUUAAUAUCAAUUUAUAUGAAAUCGAUCAAUUAUUCUUACAAUAUAAAUCUUUUUUAACAAAAUAUAUUGAGUAUUACACCGUUACGGUGUCUCCCGUUACGGUGCUUGGUCAAACGGCCAGUAAUGGUCCAACCAUGAGUAGUACUAAUAGUACUAAGGAUAUUAGUAGUACUGAGGUUGGUACUGAUAGUAGUAAGGAUAUUGGAGCUGUUGGAGCAAGCACCGUUACGGGGUCAGGUACUACAGACAGUAAUAAAGAAAAUACUAGUACUAAUAACUUAACUACUACUAAGGAUAGUACUGAUACUAAGGUUAAUAGUACUAAUAGUAGUACUAAGGAUAUUGAUACCAUUGGAGCAAGCACCGUAACUGAGGGAAAGGGAGCUAAUUUUACCCUUACGGAGUGUAAUAGGGAAAGGGAGCUAAAUAACACUUUUAGUACCUCGGGAAAGGGAGCUAAUUCUAUGCCUAUGGAGUGUACUAGUGAGAAAAUUUUGAAUGAAAUUGCUGUUGUAACUAAUUCUAGGGAGUCGAGUACUUUUUCUAAUACUGGAGUUAGUACUAGUAAGGAUAGUAAUAGUAAGGGGGAUACUAAGGGAGUUGGUGAGGAAGUUGGUUGCCAUGAUACUGACCCCGUAACGAAUAUAGGAAGAGAAUAUGGUAUGAAAAUAGUAUUUUGUCAUAAUGAUAUGCAUAUAAAGAAUUUUAUAGCAACAUAUGAUGGAUUAACAUUAAUAGAUUUUGAUUAUAGUUCAUUUAAUUAUGUUGGAGCAGAUAUUGGAUAUUUCUUUAUAGAAAGUAAUUUCGAUUAUGAUUGUGAUGAAUAUCCUUUCUUUAAACUUGAUCGUUCAUUAGAACUUUCUUAUGAAUUAAAAACUAUGUUUGCUAGUGUCUAUUUAUCUGAAUCUUUAGGUUUCAAUGUAUUACCUAAUCAUCUUAAUAUUAUUGAUCCUUUUCUUGAAACUAUUGAAUUAUUCUCUAUAGGUACACUCAUCUUCUGGGCUUAUUGGGGAAUUAUUAUGUAA